GUCUCACAUUUUGUAGUCACCCCAGAACCGAUAAGAAGCAAAAGAAAGGAAAGACAUAGAUAACAUGUCAAAGGGAGACAAGCUUGAGGUUUUGGACUUUUGGGCCAGCCCAUAUUGUGGGAGAGUGAAAAUUGCUUUGGAGGAGAAAGGGGUGAAGUAUGUGGCUAGUGAGGAGGAUGUGUUUGGGUGCAAGAGUGAUCUUCUGCUCAAGUCAAAUCCAAUUCAUCAAAAAGUUCCCGUGCUCUUGCACAAUGAUAAACCUAUCGUUGAGUCUGCUAUCAUUGUUACCUACAUUGAUGAAGUCUGGCCUUCCAACUCACUGCUUCCAACUAGUGCUUAUGAUCGUGCCCAAGCUCGAUUCUGGGUUGAUUACAUUGAUAAAAAGGUAUUCGAGACCGGAAGGAGUGUAUGGGGGAGCAAUGGAGAAGAGCGAGAAGUGGGCACUAGGGACUUCAUUGAAGUUAUAAAGCAUCUUGAGGAAGCUCUUGGGGAGAAGAACUAUUUUGGUGGUGAAGCCUUUGGGUAUGUGGACAUCAUAGCCAUUUCUCAUUCACCUUGGUUUUUGGCUUAUGAGAAGCUUGGAGGCUUCAAAAUUCAAGACCAUACACCAAAACUCUCAGCUUGGAUUAAAAGGUGUUUGAAGAGGGAGUCUGUUGCCAAAGUUCUUCCAGACCCAGAAAAGGUCUAUCAAUUUGUCCUUCAUUUUAGGAAGAUGUCAGGACUUGAUUAAUGAAUGAAAGAGAAAUGUUAAAAACACUAAUUAACACACUUUUUUUAAUAUAUUCUUUUUUAUCGAUCGAAAUUUAUUAAAAAUCACAAAAAUUAGUGGGUUUUAUACCUUAUCUAAUGACUAUCUUCAUAUUUUGUGAAUUUUAAUAAAUUUUAAUCAAUAAAAAAGAAUGUAUUAAGAUUAGUAUGUUAAAAAAUUGUGUUCAAAUGAAAUUAAGCAUUCCCAAUCAAUAUGCAUGCCUCAUGCAGGUGGAUAAUGCAUGGUGCUUGUUGCUCUUUUUCUUUUUCCCUACUUUGUAUUAAAAUUUUCUGUUUUAAUUGUCACAUAAUAAUGGCUUGUAUUAAAUAAGGGAAAUAAUGAAGAAGUAAUAAUAACUUCUCGGUUUGGUUUG